CGUGCAAUAGAUCGGGGGAUGAAGAGCCCGUGUUUGUUCUAAAGGCUGCUGGGAUGGACGCGACGGUAAUGGUGGGCAAAGGGACCGGAGGGGCUGCCGUCUUCAUCCCGAUCGUCUUCAUCCUCCUCCUCGGUACCAGAAGCUCGCGGGCGCAGAAGGGGGACGGCUGUGGACACACUGUGCUAGGUGUGGGUACUGGGAGCCUGGCGUCUCUAGGUUAUCCUCUGUCCUAUCCCUCGCACUCUGUGUGUGAGUGGGACAUCAGUGUGACUGCUGGACACACCAUACUUGUGCGCAUUGCGGACCUCGACAUCAACACAAACAAUUGCCAGGUGUCUUACAUCAGACUCUAUAAUGGCAUCGGACCUGGACGAACAGAAAUUGUGAAGUUUUGUGGUGGGAGAGAAUGGAGAGAUGUUGUUAUAGAAUCAGAGGGGCAUCAGGUCACAGUGCAGUUCAUGAGUGGACCACACAGCAACGGCCGUGGCCUCUUCCUCUCCUACACCACCAAUCAGCAUACAGAUCUCAUCACCUGCCUUGAGAAAGGAGAGCACUUCACUGAAGCCGAGUUCAGUAAAUUCUGUCCUGCGGGAUGCCUGACUGAUUUCGGAGAGGUUUCGGGAACCAUACCCCAUGGAUACAGAGACUCUUCUCCACUCUGUCUGGCCGGCAUUCAUGCGGGUGUGGUCUCCAACACUCUGGGGGGGCAAAUCAGCGUGGUCAGCAGCAAAGGCAUCCCACACUACGAAAGCUCACUGGCUAACAAUGUGACAUCUGUGCCUGGCAAUCUCUCCCCCAGCCUUUUUACCUUCAAAACUAGCGGUUGCUAUGGCACUUUGGGUUUGGAGUCGGGAGUGGUCAGCAGCUCUCAGAUCACAGCCUCUUCAAUGUGGGAAUGGGGUGGUCACGAAAAGGAACCCACCGAAUGGGGCCCCACAGGGGCCCGCCUCAAAACACUGGGACGUCCAUGGGCAGCAGCCAACAGCGACACAAAAGAAUGGAUUCAAGUAGACCUUAAGAAGGAGAAAAGAAUAACAGGUAUUACCACCACUGGCUCCACCCUCUCAGAACAUCAGUUUUACGUUUCGGCCUACGAGGUGCUAUAUAGCCAUGAUGGACAGCAGUGGGAAGCCUAUGAAGAAGUGGGAUCAGAUAAAAACAAGAUUUUCCAAGGCAACACCAACUACUUACAGGAAGUGCGGAACAACUUUAUUCCUCCAAUUGAAGCACGGUUUAUCCGAAUAUGCCCCUCCCAGUGGCAUCAGAGGAUCGCCCUUAAAAUGGAGCUACUUGGCUGCCAGCCACAUGCAGCGAGGCCAAGAAUAUUCCACCCAGCCCCUCCUCCCCCUCGCAGAAGAAGCACAGUGCCCCCUCUACAGGAAAGGACAACACACACACCUAAUAUCCGAAACACUACCGUGCCUCCACACACUCAUGAUGAGGUGGCGCUGGUGGCAGUGUUGGUGCCUGUACUGGUGAUAGUUCUGACAACACCUGUCUUAGUGAUGGUGUGCUCAUGGCUGUGGAAGAACAGAAAAAGCCCUGAGGCAACUUAUAACCUUCCACACUGGGAGCGCACAGUGUGGUGGAAGAGUAUGAAACAGUUGUUGCCCUCUAAGCUUGAUGGAGAUGAUUGCGUUCGCUACAGUUCCACAGCAAGAGUGGAUCACCAGAGAUCACGAGUAGAGUCUGCAGAAUAUGCCCAACCGCUUGUCAGUGGCACCAUGGCCUCUCUGGGACAAAGGUCAACCUUUAAGCCUGAAGAUGGUGUAGACCCUGAGUACGAUGCACCCAUUCCUCCAGAACAUUACCAUGCUUAUGCUGAGCCCCUUCCCGCCUCUGGGUCUGAAUAUGCCAUUCCAAUCAUGAUUGACAGGGCAAACCACAUAUCAGGAGGUACGCUACCAUUCAGGGGGCGAGGUUUACUUGCUCGGACAGACAGCAGCCAAACAGCAAGCUCUGUGUAUGACACGCCCAAGAGCACAUCUGAUCAAGCCGCACCCACAGAGGGAGAGUUGUACCAGGUUCCUCAGAAUACCCACAAUACAACAUGUCAGAAAAUAGACCAAUCACAGAACAGUGACUCAGUGUGAAUGAAGCAUUGGCCAUUUUGGAAACCCUCAGCUGGACACUACCUUCCCCCAAAGAAAAGCAGAUGCGAAUGUGUGUGUAUGUGCUUCCGUGCCGCUCCUAGCCUUCUCAAAUGGUCCUAUCACUGAAAUAACACACAGGAAUGUCAGGAAAGAGAGAACAGCAGAGAUCUUGUUACACUACUGUGUUUUGUGAAUGUUUCUUCGUGUCCCUGUCUAAAUGUGUGCAACGUGUGUACGAGUGCAUAUAUGUGACUAUGCUCUGCUUUCAGACUGUGACUCCUCGGAUAAAUGUGCGUUUUCCUGAGAGCUGAGAUGAAUUCAUCUCUGCAGCUCGUUCCAAGGCACAUUCUUCCCCUAACAAAAAUAUAUUUCCAACAAAAAUGCCCUUACACUGAAUAACAAACUGUCACAUUACAAAUUAAUAGGCUAACACUCUUGAUACACUGUGGUCAUUUUGCACUGUUGUAUUACUGUAUUCCACUGUUACAUAGUUGUGCCCUCUUUGAAACAUAGUAGCAAGGGCCCAUGAUGGUUUCUGGCAUCUGUUCCAAACCCUAGUGAACAGCCUUGCUGUCAACUGCCUACAAAAUCAACUGUCUUUUUAGGCCACAUCCAUACUAAUCCGUUUUCGUUUGAAAACUCAUUUUUCAGUUUCCUAACCUCAUAGUUUUCCAAAGUAUGCGGUAAUGGAGAGCAUUUUCGGUGAAAGAAAACGGCAUUCUAGUUUGGAUGCGAGGCGUGAAUGUAGCAAAACUGUGUUUUCAAACGAAAGCGUAUUAAGGCCACAUCCAUAUCAAGGUCUCGUCCCACUAAUCCAUUUAAGUUUGAAAAGUAUGUUUCCAAAAUUUAAGGUCAUAAAAAGUCUUAAAUAUCUUAAAUGAUACAACAAAAGUCUUAAUUCUUAUUUAAAGAGGUCUUAAAUUUGGGGGUGGAAAGACAGGAAUCGUGAUAUGACCUAAUGUGAUUAUCAAACUUCAAAAGAAUACGAAUUAAUUAAAUAAAUAAAUGCGCUGUGUCCUUCAAAGUGAAAACGUGGCGUUGUAUUUUCACCAAGCACGUGGGGUCUUGUGAGUGUUUAUAUUGUAAUAUGUUUUAGAUUAUUGUAGGAGUGCACAUUUUAUAUCCCUUAUCUGUUUGAAUGAGCACCUGGAAGCAGUGAAGCGCAUUUAAAAAUAAGCAAAAUUAAAGUGAAUUUAAAGUUAAAAGUUCCACGUUAUGAAUAUAAUAUAGUACAUUUAGUAUCAAAAUUUCUCUCGACUCAUCCGCCAUCUUGGAUUAUUUUUUAAUUGAGCUGCAUAAUUUAUUCUUGGAUUGUGGUCUGUGUGAAAGAUACUACCGUGCUGCCUUAGAACUCAGCCAAAAGAAGGUAUCUGCUAUGUGGGAAAACCUUCAAGUUUGGAGCAUGCCUACGAUGCCCUAAGAUGCUGUUUUGGUAAGUUGUUCAGUAGAUAGCUUUCGGAACAGAGCUUGUGUCUUGUGGUUUGAAUCAUUUAUAAUGAAACCGAGUGAUUAGGAUUGACAAAUAUUUAUUCAGCAUAGAAACUAGCAAUGCCUGGGCAUGCCUUUGUUAAAAUAAUGACAGCAAUGGUGCUGCAUUGUCUUUUCUCCUGGCAAAGUUCUUGGUGCACAACUGCAGGUACACAUUCAUGCCAAAUAUCUGUAUUCAUGUUUACGAAAAGCGUGUGCCACACAAAGACCCAUUUCUUUUUUAUUUAUUUUUUUUUUAUCUGCUGAUGUGUCUUGUAAUAAUACUUCCAAACCACUAACAGGUCAAGAUUAAGCUACCCAGCAUGCACUGCUUUCAUGAUUACACUGUCCUAAUGGAUUCCUUGCCAAAUAAGACCCUUUUGUGGUCAAAGGUAAAAGAGCAGAUUCAGGAUGCUGACAUUCUUGCCUGUAACAGGAUUCACUCUGUGCCAAGUUGUCGUCUUUAUACAUCUUUGUUUUUGGAUUGUAGACUUGAAGACCAAACAAACUGGUGGAUAAUUCAGUCCACAUGUAUUAUCCAUUUUAUUUAAUGUUAUUAGACCAAACGCUGCCUCAUGUUAUGGAUUUUGGAUGCCAGGAUUUCGCGUGUUCUAAGUCAGAUUUGCUAAUGUACACCGUUAUAUUUGUCAUUUACCACGAGAUCAUAAGUAAUGCGUCACACAAGUCGUCUUUCGGUACUUGCAUUAGUUGAAUGAAAUUUGUUGUAAUGUCCACAGUGGUGUCUCCUUGGUUUGAACACAUGCAAUAUGGACAUGUCUGUGUGCAUUGUGUUUGUUUCAUAGUGUCUUUGUGAGCUUGAAAGAUUGGCAUAUCUGCUUUAGUUUUUUAAAUCUUAUCAGAGUUCUGUUAUGUAAUGUGUUUCUGUGCACUGUAUCCACAAGCCUGUGUGAGUGUGUUUGUGUGUCUGUUCACUGUACAUCUGUCUCUAAAUGAUUAUUGGUACUGUAGAAUGAUUGUAUAGAAAAACUAUUUUAAAAUGUUAAAUUUAAGUUUUAUUAAAAACAAAAUGCCAUUACAAAUCAUGGUAUUCAAAAGAAAUUCAUUUUUAGACAAUACAUUUUCUGGUCCUGUAAUAGCAGUGGUAUUUCUUAUUUUUAAUUUUAACAUUAAAAUAUAAAUGUUUCACCUAAUGCUACCGGAGCACUUGUAAUCCCAAAAAAUAUAUAACAAAAUAUGAUUCAGUUGAACUUCACACUAAAUCCUUGGAUCGUAUCAUACUGGCCAAAACAGUCACUUUGUAUACUAUUUGGAGUGUUGGAAUCGCAGAACAAUGUUCAUCACCCGAGCGUGUAAACUGAUAAAUUAAUUUAAAUUAAAAAAAUUACCAAGUCUUCAGCUGUACAAUAAGCAGACAACAUGCUUAAAAAGUAAACCGGCAUUAUUUAGUCGUGUGUUCACAGAUCAGUAUUUGCUUUGUUGUCACAGAUGCCCCCUGCUGGCAGAAAGCAGAUAACAUCAAAUAAUCCAGUAAGGGGUUAAUUUUCAUUGCUACUUCGGAAUGGAAUAACAUAUUAGUUAUUGCAUAGUGCAUACUAUGCAGUAUGUACUGUACUGUCUACUUGUUUAAACAAGAAUAUGUCAAAUAGUUUGCAAUGACAGACAUUUCAAAUGGUAGUAUUUGUCAAAUAACCUCAUUAUUUUGUUGUACCAGUAGACUUAAGCGAGUGGUGUCGAGUUAUGAUCUCAGAAAUAAAUAUGAUUCUUUUGCACUGUCUUACCUUUUGGCGGUUAGAUAAAAGAAACGAGCCAAGAGGGAGCUGUUAAAUGUCACCGUUGAGAUCUCUUCCGAUUCAUUGUCUCGCUGUAAAUUGUAAAGUUGAGUGCAUUGUAAUCUGUUAUACUGCAACACUGAAAAAAUGUAAGAGAUCAUCAUCUCGAUUUUUCGUGCAUACAGACAAUUUGCAUACUACAUAUAAUGUUUGUACAAGUUGUAUGGUUGUAUGCUACUCCGAACAUAGCCCAUGUCAGACGCAUUUGUGUAUCAGAUUACCCUGCUGCACUGAUCUCAAUAAGAAAGAAAUUGCUGUAUCCAAUUCCUCAUUUCAUGGAAAUAUGGGCCAGUUUGACAUUUGAUCACCAAAUAAUUGUGUAGCAUAUGACUUUUACCAUUAUUAUAGAAGUGUAUCAAAUGGGAUUGUCAACAACUUUUGCACACUUAAUUAUCAGAACUUAAUGGUUCAUGGCUGAUAUGUAAACAUCAAAAUAAAAUGUAAUUGUGUCCUAAAGUUCACCUGAACCCUAAUGCAAACACCUUCAUUUAAAAUAUCGGAAGAAGUAAAAUAUGUUUCAAACUUUUCCGUACAGUAUAUCUCAUUUUCACCCUCUGUCAUAUCCACA